GUGUUCAGUCUUAGAUGCGCACGUUAAACGUUUCUGACUUGUUUUGCUUGCCGUACGCACAAGCGGCACACGCCAGUUCGCUUAUUUCAAAGAAUCCCCUGACUCAGUGACGCAGCAAACAAGUGGUCUGAUGUGACAGGCGCAAAGUGCACUAGCUGCCCUGACAGCUUUUGAGAAACAAGUCAUAUGAGGAUCGCUUCUGUCUAAAAUCCAGCCGUGUGAGUGCAGUGUGGCUCAGUAGGUGUGUUUGUUUCUCCAGUGCUGAUGAGGUUUAGCGGCUGGAUACGUUAAGUCAGCAUUUUUUUUAACUUACUCAUGGUAAAACGACAGGCGUAUUCAACGGAGGGGAGAUAACGUAAACAGGGAUGGAGGAAGGAAGUGAACAUUUCCCAGAAGUAAAUCUUCAAGCCAUCCAAAAUGAGUACAAGAAAGCAUUUGCAUUAAUUAGUAAAGGGCUAACAGAAGAUGAAGCUGGACGGAAAACGGAGGCAAUAGAGAUAUAUAGGGAGGGAAGACGGCACUUACUCAGGGGAAUCAGCAUUGCAACUCAAAGACCUAAAUGCAUAGGACCUGCCUGGGAGUCUGCUGUGCAAAUGCAACAGAAGAUGAAGGAAACUUUAAAUAAUAUUUCCACAAGGCUUACUAUACUGGAACAAGAGACAUCUGUGGCUGGUCCUAUGCCUACAAAUGGAGUUUCAGAUUCCCCUUCAGCUGGAGGAUUAUAUCCUACUCUGCCUUCAAAAGAACAAAAACCUAGCAGACCACCUCCUCCUAUAGUUCUACCAAAUACAGAAAAUCGACCCAUUGGAACCAGCAACUCUCCUUUCAGCUCCCUCAGUCCCAGUCAUCAGGCGAUGCCUACUGAACUGCCUCCUGCUUACUCACCUCAGGCUGCUGAUGGUCACUUAACAUUGUCUUAUGGGACAGACUCUGGUGAGCUAUCUGUAGUGGGAGAUGAAUUUUACAGCCAGAGCUGUAGUGUCCCACCUGUUGAAAGUCUUGGAGCAGAUGGUGAAGAGCUCUUGGUUAUCCCGCAUGGGGUUCAGAUCUUCUAUGUAACUCCAGAAGGGCAAGUGAGUGCUCCAUCGUAUCCUGGAUACCUUCGCAUUAUCAAGUUUACCAACACAGACUUGGACAGAAUGCCCUAUCAGCCACCAGCGUUUCUGCAGGUCUGUGACUGGCUUUUUCCAUUGAUGUCUGCAGAUUCUCCAGUUUUGUUGUGUCGCACAGGAGUAUACAUGUUCCCUGACAUGAUGAGUCAAGUUUCAGGAUCUUAUGUAGGAGUGGUCCUCUCUUCUGAGCUCCCAGAAGUGGAAAGAGAACUCUUUCAGGAUUUAAUGUCACAGCUGACAGACCUUAGAAUUCAGGCCCCAGAAGAUCCUGAAGACACUGUUAACCUAAGCCAGAGUGUACAUAUAGCCAGGCCUGAAGGCGAGGUUGAAGAAUCUAAAAACUUGCCAGAGUGGAGUGAAAAAGUAGCUCACGGUAUUUUGACAGGUGCUUCAUGGUUGAGCUGGGGUCUUGUGAAAGGAGCAGAAUACACUGGAAAAGCAAUCCACCUGGGUGCCUCAAAACUGAGACAACAUAUAAACCCUGAAGAGAAGCCAAUUCAAGUCAACCCGACUGUGGCCAAAGGUUUGCAUGUUGCAAAGCAGGCCAGUGGUGGGGCUGUAAAAGUCAGCCAUUUUCUAGUUGAUGGAGUCUGUAAAAUUGCUAGCACUGUUGGUCGAGAGCUAGCCCCUCACGUGAAAAAGCAUGGCAGCAAACUCAUUCCUGAGUCACUGAAAAAAGACAAAGAUGCAAAGUCAAAUUUAGAUGGAGCCAUGGUGGUGGCAGCCAGCGGUGUACAGGGCUUUGCUGCUGUUUGGACUGGCUUGGAAGUGGCCGCCAAGAGCAUUUCCAAAAGUGUUUCAUCAGAGACUGUCCGUACUGUGAAAUAUAAGUAUGGAGCUGCUGCAGGUGUCGCAACUGACAAUGCUGUCAAUUCUGCAAUCAACGUUGGUGUUACAGCUUUUAAUAUCGACAACCUUGGAAUUAAAGCUGUAGUUAAAAAAACGGGAAAAGAAACUGCCAAAGCCAUUCUCGAAGACUACAAAGUUCAGGAAAAGAAAGAAGAAAAAUGAAUAUUUUAUUAAUAAUAAAUGCGUGAAUUAUUGAUGGAUCGAGAGCAUGACCCGAAUACUAAUAUUGGUGUAUACAAGAUUAUAAAAGUAAUAUACUUAUAUUAUGGAUUUAAAAGGAUUAGUCUUGGGUAUAAAAGAUGAAAUUCUUGUUUGCUAAAUAUCUGAAAACCAAACGAGCUAAAUGUCCAAAGCUUAAAGUAUUUUUGCAAAAUUAUUAAUAAUGUAUAUUUUUAAUAUAUAUAAUUUGAUUUUUUUUCUUGUUAUAGAUGACCUGUUAUCAAAGUUGAACCAGCAGAAUAUAUGUGUUUUUCUUAACUAAUCAGAAACAUGAUUUACAAUUGUAAGCUGUGCACGAUUAAAAACAAAGCAAAAACAAUAAAUAAAAUAUUCAUUCCAACA